GCGGAGCACGCAACUCUACUCUUGCGAUCGGAUCUGCCACUUGGCUAGAAAAAGCACAAUGUCAUAUAUGGACCUGAGAGCAGUAACAGUGAGAAGCUUCCGAACGAACGCGUGGGGACAAGCUGUAACCUGCUCUCGCGUGGCCGACUGUGUGGCCUCGACGGGGUAGACUCAUCUGGUAGUCGGUCCCCGGCACACUGAAAGUGACUGAACAUACACAAAGAACUGAGAGAUGAGACCCGAGAAGAUGGCGCGCCGACGGUUGGGUCUCUUGCCCCGGCUAGCUGUGCUCGGCGCUUUCAACCUGUCUGUGCUUUGUGCAUACCUCCUUGUCAUCGAGAGGUCGAAGAAUCGAGGUGGGAGUUAUUCAAAGGAUGGCUAUGAUUACUGGGAAAUGUUCAGGAAGCCGAAACAUAUCCGCGAGGCAGAAAAUUCUGCAGAAAAAUGAGACAGCAGAGAGAGAGAGAGAGAGAGAGAGAGAGAGAGAGAGAGAGAGAGAGAGAGAGAGAGAGAGAGAGAGAGAGAGAUUUGAGACGUGGCGAGGAGCUUUCAUUCUUCACUUUGUCCGUGAUCCUUAAGUUCAAAGUUCAGCGCACUCACUGGUGCUUACCCACCUUCUUCACUGAGUCUCACUUGUGCUAUGCUCACAGUCUCACAGUCCUUGUGCACGAUUAGUAGGGGCACGGGUUCAGUCGAUUAUGUACAAUUCUCAGUAUGCCCUUUGUCG